UCAUAUCUACCAUCUCCCAAGGACCCAAAAAACCAAAUCCAGUAACCCGUAAGAUAUUUUCCUCUCUCUCUCCCUCUCCAUGUUCCUUUUCUCUCUUCCACCACCCAAAUUUACGGUUUUAUCCUCUCCCAUUCAUUUAUAUCCUCGAUUUACCCUCUCUCCUCUUUAAUUCCCUUAUGGAAACUCUCUGUUUGUUUUAGCUCGUACUCUUCCGAUUCCAAAUUCAGUUCUCGCCGUUUGAUUUGAGGAGGCAGGCAGGCAGGGGUUCUAUUUUCAGCGGUUUGAUGAAUCGAGAAGGAGGAUCCAACGGCGGAUCUUGCUACUACGCCGUCCUCGGGAUUCGCAGGGAUGCCUCCUUCUCUGAUAUUCGCACUGCAUACCGCAAGCUUGCUAUGAAGUGGCACCCGGAUAAGUGGGCCCGGGACCCUUCCACCGCUGGAGAAGCCAAGCGCCGCUUUCAGCAAAUCCAGGAAGCUUACUCAGUUCUUUCGGAUCAGUCCAAGAGGUCAAUGUACGAUGCUGGGCUCUACGAUCCAUUGGAGGAAGAAGAUCAAGAGUUCUGUGAUUUCAUGCAAGAGAUGAUCUCAAUGAUGAACAAUGUUAAGGAUGAGGGGGACAGUUUGGAGGACCUACAGAGGAUGUUUGUGGAGAUGGUGGGUGGAGAUGGCGUGAGCUUUGACUCCAAUCAAGAUCAGACGGCUGGGAAGCGUGGACGCGGCAGUGGAUCAAGGGGCAACCCUGCCAAGCGCACCAACUCCCGAUGCUAGGUGGCUGUACUGGAUCAAUGUUGUAAUUUAGUUUAUUUUAUUGUUUUAUUUUGUUUCCCCUCUCAUUGGAUCAUUGAAAUGUGAAACAACUUAAAACAGAUCAGCUAGUUAGGAAAGGUCAAUGGAAUGCAUUCCUUUUAGACUACUUCUUUUGUUUAAUUUUUUAAGUUAAAUUCUUCUGGUUCAAUGCA